CGAAACCGAAGUCCGCGGUGUAUUCAGGGGCUGGGAGUGGAACCUCAGGCGCCUGCGAGGCCCCUGAGGGCUUGGGCUGCCCUCCUUGGAGGGAUGACUGGUGCAGGCAGCCUCAGAGAGCCGGGGGCCGGCCUCCACCGCCGGGAGUGCCGUGAGCUGCUGGCGUCCGAGUCUCUGCCUUGCUCCAUCCAUUCUCACAAAGCCCCUCCACCUCCCUGAGGAGCUCCCUUCCAUCCACCUUCCUGUCCCCAGCCUUCGGACUACUGUUUUCCGUAUUAUUUAUUUACCCUGGUUAUUGGUCACAGUUUCUCUGACCUUUUCCACUCUGGAAUAGGUUCCAGAGGAGUCACUUACACGGGAAAAUUAUUAGAAUAUAAAAUCCCAGAGGUCACGUAGUCCAGGUCCCCAUCCCAUGCUUGGAGCACUCAUAGAGCAGCCUCACAACAGCGCUUGGUUUUUUUCCUCAACUUCACCACCACCUGCGGUUGCUGAUUCCGCCUCUGGCUUACGUGGAACCCAAUCAUGUGUAUGUCUCUGUAGCUCUGCUCUCUUGGCCUGGGAAUGCUGCUCCUGGAGGCCAUUGGACAGAACAGGGACAGUCCUGUUGUAUGAAGGGCAUGGGUCUGUGCUAAUCAGGCCCGCUCCCUCCAUGACCUGUGCAGAGCCCUGCGCCAGCCCCUCUGCCCACUGUUCCAGGACAGUUGUUCUACAUCCUCCUUCCCAGUGCCCGAGGCUUCCAGGAUCAUGUGGUACGUUAGCACCAGGGGCAUGGCCCCACGGGUCGACUUUGAGGGGGCCCUCUUCUCUGGCUAUGCGUCCGACGGAGGCCUCUUUAUGCCUGAGGAGCUCCCACAGUUGGACAGAGAGACCCUGUGUCAGUGGAGCACACUCUCCUAUCCUGGCCUCGUGAAGGAGCUGUGCGCCCUCUUCAUUGGCUCUGAGCUCAUUCCAAAAGAUGACUUAAAUGAUCUGAUUGACCGAGCCUUCAGCAGAUUUCGUCACAGAGAGGUGGUCCAUCUGUCCAGGUUGAGGAAUGGGCUGAACGUGUUGGAGCUGUGGCAUGGCGUCACAUAUGCAUUUAAGGACCUGUCCCUGUCCUGCACAGCACAGUUCCUACAGUACUUCCUGGAGAAGAAGGAGAAGCAUGUCACUGUGGUCGUAGGAACGUCUGGGGACACAGGAAGUGCUGCCAUUGAGAGUGUUCAAGGGGCAAAGAACGUGGACAUUAUCGUUCUGCUGCCCAAAGGUCACUGCACAAAGAUUCAGGAGCUUCAGAUGACAACAGUGCUGAAGGAGAACGUCCAUGUGUUUGGAGUGGAGGGAAACAGCGAUGAGCUUGAUGAGCCGAUCAAGGCCGUGUUUGCUGAUACGGUUUUUGCCAAGAAGCACAAUCUGAUGAGCCUGAAUUCGAUCAACUGGUCCCGGAUACUGGUGCAGAUGGCCCACCACUUCUUUGCAUACUUCCAGUGUGCACCGUCCUUGGACACGCAUCCCCUACCCCUGGUGGAGGUGGUUGUGCCAACAGGGGCUGCUGGUAACCUUGCAGCUGGGUACAUUGCUCAGAAGAUAGGCCUGCCCAUCCGCCUGGUUGUGGCAGUGAACCGCAAUGACAUUGUCCACAGGACUGUCCAGCAGGGAGACUUCUCUCUGUCUGAGGCUGUUAAAUCAACCUUGGCAUCAGCUAUGGACAUUCAGGUACCCUAUAACAUGGAGAGGGUAUUCUGGCUGCUCUCUGGCUCUGACAGCCAGGUGACAAGAGCGCUCAUGGAGCAGUUUGAAAGGACUCAAAGUCUGAAUCUGCCCAAGGAACUGCACAGCAAGCUUUCAGAGGCAAUGACAUCUGAGUCAGUGUCGGAUGAAGCCAUCACCCAGACCAUGGGCCGCUGCUGGGACGAGAACCAGUACUUGUUGUGCCCCCACUCGGCGGUGGCCGUGAACUACCAUUACCAGCAGAUGGACAGGCAGCAGACCAGCAGCACUCCCCGGUGCUGCCUGGCCCCUGCCUCUGCAGCCAAGUUCCCGGAAGCUGUCCUGGCUGCUGGCCUGACUCCUGAGACUCCUGUGGAGAUUGUAGCCCUGGAGCACAAGGAGACACACUGCACCCCGAUGCGGAGAGGUGACUCCUGGACGCUGAUGCUUCGGGACACCAUUGAGGACCUUAGCCGGCGGUGGAAGGGCCGUGUUCUGAACGCCUCCCAGUAGCCUGGCUGGAGGUGGCUUCCUUUCGGCUUCAGAUCCCAGGGAGGUGCACCCUCUAAGCUGCCUUGUGCACCCUCCCCAUUAAGCAUAGGUUAGGAGGUUCCUGGGAGGCUGCUUAGCUGGGUCUGGAGCCAGCUGGCUUUGCUCUGUUCCCUGGCUUCUCUGUGCCCGGUCAUCAGGGAGGCUGAGUGAGGGGGUGUGAACAGUUGCCAGAAGUACCCCCUCCCUCCCUGGCUCGAGCAGCAGUGUCACAGCUGUAGUGAAAGUUUCAUGGCCUGCAAAAGAAGAGCCUUGGGCACAGGAUUGACCAUGGCUCCAGGGGUUUAGGACCCCAGACCUGUGAAGGUGGGGGUGGCUCACCGCCUGCAUGCAGGCCUUAUAUGGUCUCUGAGCCUUAGUUGAUUUGGCCCCCAAACCAAAUCCAAAGCUUCUGGCCCGCCUUGUCAGAGGCUUCCACCCUGUUCACGUGUUGGGAAUCCCUGGAAUAAAAUGUUUUUUCAUUGUGAUGGAGA